UGUGAGGCUUCUCAGUUUUGACGCCAGGGAGCUGGGCUCAUCAUGGUGUCAGAAGAGGAGGGCACCAGCCCGCGAAAGAGACGGAGGGUUGGCCCUCCAAAAGCUGCUCCUUACGCAUUCCGACCACUCUUCGACCAGGUACCCGUGAAAGCCGAUGAUGCGGAGGAGGACGAUGUACACAUUACGACAGUGGAAUAUUGGAAUGAUAAUCUUUAUAUCGGAACUUCCGCGGCGGAGAUUCUACAUUUCGUCUGCCUGCCGCCAGACCCCUCAGACCAGUCCAACGAACCAUCCUUCAUCCUAGCUUCGAGACUGCCCAUUCCAUUCUCACAGAAUUCUUCGAUAUCUGCAGCUUCACCCGGAAUUAAACAGAUCCUUCUCCUCCCGACUGUAAACAAGGCAUGUGUUUUGUGCAAUGGAACGGCCACAUUCUAUAUGUUGCCGGAGCUUAGCCCAGCCUUUGGUGGAAACACAAAGGUCAACAACUGUCGCUGGAUCGGGGGUCUUGACUUAAACAUCAAUCCAGAUGAUUCAGAUAAUCCGGUUGUGAUGAUUGGAACCCAGACUCGGAUCAUGCUCGUGAAGAUUGGGGAUGGAGCCCGGCUUGUCAGGAACAUCGACUUCCCGGGCUGCUCAGCAUUGUCUCGAAGAGGGAUUAUAUCCUGUGUUGCAGAUACCCGUGCCUAUUCCUUGCUCGACGUUGAACAUCAACAGAAAAUUCCCCUAUUUCCGAUAUCCUUCGCGGACGAAAUGUUCCAUUCUGGACAGGUAGAAGAUAUGCCGACACCAUCCGCUGCUUCUAAAAUGUCUCCAUCAUCCCAGCUGAGCAUAUCCCCUUCUGCUGACAAUCGCACUCAUGCCCGGAGCUCCAGCUUGAAUACCCUUGCGGGCAUGCUACAGCCAGCUACACGAUCUGCUUCUAAAGACCGAUCAAGAUCGCUAACUCCGGAGCCUUCGUCUGGUUCCGGAUCGCCAACAAGAUCCAUUUCCAGGGAUCGUGGUGCAAGCACCUCACCGAGGUUAUCUUCCGAACAGCCAGCACGCAACAAUCAAUCUAGUCCCGGAGAUGAGCGCAAACCUCUUCCACCUCUCCCGAAGCAGCCCUCAGUGAGCCUGGGGCCGCAUGUUCUUUCUCCGACCCCGUCAGAGUUCCUCUUAGUAAGAGGAUCUGACGAAGCAGAACCCGGCGUUGGAAUGUUUGUCAACGUAGACGGCGAUGUGGUUCGGGGGACAAUCACUUUUCACAGAUAUCCCAAAGCAAUUGUUAUUGACAAAGGCGAAGAGAAUAACCUGAUUCAAUCGCCUGAAAACACAAAAGAGGAGCUUAUUCUUGCAGUUAUAGAAUCCGAUCAAGACGGAACCAUGCGAAAAUUACUGGAGGUCCAACCUUGGGAUGUUGAUCCCUCCGAAGCUGAUGACCAUAAAAGCUGGGUAGAAAUACCUUUAAUAGAGGACGGGGAGUUGCAGCAUGUCGGCAUCUGCCACACUAUCAGCUCCAACCAGCUAGACAUGCAAGAUCUAGGAAAGCUGCUGCGAGUGGUUCGCCUAAAGACUCCAUCAUUAUCGCCCCAUACGCCCGUAGCGGACCCAAGGACACAGGCGUCAAUAGAGCAGCUACAAAAAGAGAAGGAGUUGUUUGAAUCGCAAGAAACGACUGACUCCGAUGGGUCUAAAAAGGCCUCGGAGGCUGGCUGGGAAGCAGAGCGCAAUGCCGAAGAAGCCAAAAUAGCGCAAACCUUGGGCAGAACGCAAAGCAGUCUUGUAAUGUGGGCUGGGAACCGGAUAUGGCGCAUUGUGAGGAAUCCGUUGACUACACAACUCAAUGAUGCUCUGCAGAAUGCCCAAGGAGUAGACGAGAGUGGUGGCCAUUUGACGCUCAAUAGGGAAGCUAUAGAGGAUAUUCUUGGAAUGGCCCAACAAUCGGAGCCUAGAUCGGAGGCUGAGUUUCUUGGAUUGAACUACCUCAAGCAGAAGGCCAGCUUACUUUUGCUCGGUGACCUUAUUUUCAUGAACUCAAAAGACAGGAGUCAGGCAGCUAUUGACGCUACCGAGAGAGCUCUCAUAAUUGGAAAUUUAGAUCCUCGGAUUGCCAUGAUUAUGAUCCCCCUUCUGCGCGGCGAGACUCUGCAGAGCCCGCAAGGGAUCUGGAUUCCGGCAGGCCUAGCAGAAACUGUGGAAAAGUAUCUUGUCAGAAUCGAAAAAGCCCACAAAUCACUGGCGGGAAUUUUCGAUGGCGGGGUCCUCAGCAUGAUGAACAGAUUUUUGCUCUCGUGGCAGCAGAAACGAGGAUAUGGCAGCAUUGCAGACGAAAGUUAUGUUUUUGACAGCGUCGAUGCGGCCCUUCUCUGCCUUCUGCUGGCGCAGAGCUCUAGCAUGACGAAAGAACAACUCGCAUCCACUGCGAUUCGUACCGAUUUGAAUAGAUUGGUGGAUAACUGGAAAGGUAACUUUGAUCGCGCGGUCUCUCUUUUGGAAGCUUACCACCGACUCUAUGCUUUGAGCCGCUUGUAUCAAAGCCGCAAAAUGUCUGGGCAUGUUCUCAAGUCCUGGCGGAGAAUCAUAGAAGGGGAGGCAGAUAUUGCAGGCGAAGUUACUGCGGCCGGGGUUGAGGUGCAGAUGCGACGAUAUCUGGUCAAGAUCAAAGAUAUACAGCUUGUUGAGGAGUAUGCUUCGUGGCUGUCACAACGGAACCCACAGCUUGGAAUUCAAAUUUUUUCGGACAAUACGAGCCGAGUCAGAUUGGAUCCGAGUGAUGUUGUGAAAUUACUUCAAGAGCGUGCACCUAAUGCUGUCCAGGAAUAUCUAGAGCAUCUUGUCUUUUCAAAGAACCUUACGCAAUAUGCCGAUGAUCUUCUUCAAUAUUACCUUGAUACUGUCCUCUCCGUGCUUGAAUCUUCGCCUGAAGCACGAGCCUCUCUUUCGGAAUCAUACUCCACUUACCGCGCCCUCCGACCUCCCAAACCAACCUAUAUGAACUUUAUCACAGAAAAUACUCCGUCAGAGCCGUGGUGGCAAUCCCGUCUUCGGCUCCUACAACUCCUUGGCGGCGGCAGCACCAGCCAAUUCACGUCUGUCCCCGCCCCAAACUUGAACUACUCCAUCCCAGCAGUGCUUGCUCGCAUCGAACCCUUUCAGAAUGAGUUGGUCUCCGAGUCUAUAAUUCUUGACGGGCUACAAGGUCGUCACCGGGAAGCUCUCCGCCUCCUCACCCACGGACUCGGCGACUACGACGCCGCAGCUCGCUACUGCCUGUUUGGCGGGCCUCGCAGCACAAGCUCCACCGGCGCCGCGCUCGAGUUUGCCGAACGAUCGCGACAGUCGGAACUCUUCGGAUAUCUACUGGACGAAUUCCUGCAGAUUCAGGAUCUGUCGGAAAGAAUUGAACGAACAAGCGACCUGUUAUCGCGAUUCGCCGCCUGGUUUGAUGUCCGCGAGGUCCUCGGCAUCAUUCCCGAUGACUGGAGCGUGGACAUCCUCGGCGGUUUCUUGGUGCAUGUGUUCCGUGUGCUGGUGUCGGAGUCGCACGAGGUGAAGAUCGAGCGAGCCCUUUCGGCAGGCCUAAACCUGCGGGUGGCCGCAGAGCAUAUCUGCGGAAUGGAGAAGGUCGGCGGCUGGGUAGAGGAUGAGGGAGGGCCAAGGCGAUUAAGGGAGGGUGAUAAUAAUAAUAAUAAUAAUGUACCUGUCGAUGGCCGCGGCGGAGAAGAUGAUGAUGAUGAUGAUGCAGAAAGUGAUUUUGGGGACAUGGUCGAGGCAGGCGGCGGGCCUGGUUAGAUUCUAGGAGCCUCAUUCAGCUGCUCCCCUAACUUCCAGAACCACCGAGAUUGUAUUGUAUUGUAUGUACCCUAAGCUGGGCGAAGAAGUCUUGACCAGACCGGACAGCUGCUGGCUAGGAUAAAAUCCAGGCUUUGAAAAGAUCUUAUUAUGCAUUAUCCAAUACCUAAUAAUCCUGACG